GAAUCACUGAGGGUACAAAUGGAAAGGGAGGGGCAGAAGUGAAGGCUUAUAUUUCCUUUUGAAGGACAGCAGCUUCAGUCUAACCUGCCACCUUGCCCUCGUCAACACCUGAAAGCAGCUAAAGCCGUGUUUGGCAUGAAGAUGAGCGCCCUCAGCGCCGCGAACACCGAGUUCUGUCUCGAUGUGUUCAAACAGCUGAACAGCAACAACACCAGCGAGAACCUCUUCUUCUCCCCACUGAGCCUGUUUUACGCUCUCAGUAUGAUCCUCCUUGGCGCCAGAGGGAAGAGCGCAGGGCAAAUCGAGAAGGUGCUCCACUACAAUCAGUUCUCAGGAUUCUCAAAACCAGAGCUGAAGGGGCCGGCUGAGUGCAGCCAAGCCCGAGGGAUACACUCAGAGUUUGCGGUCCUGCUCUCCCAGAUCAACCCGCGGAACUCCGAUUACACGCUCAGCAUCGCCAACCGACUGUACGGGAAAAAGGCCAUGACCUUCCACCGGCAAUAUUUAAGGUGUUCUGAGAAACUGUACCAAGCCAGGCUGCAAGCUGUUGAUUUUGAACUGUCUACGGAAGAGACGAGAAAAAGUAUCAAUGCUUGGGUUGAAAGUAAAACUAAUGGAAAAGUCACCAACCUCUUUGGUGAGGGCACCAUAGACCCAUCCUCAGUCAUGGUCCUAGUGAGUGCCAUAUAUUUCAAAGGACAAUGGCAAAAUAAAUUUGAUGAACAAGAGACGGUGAAGACCCCCUUUCAGUUGAGUGUGGGUAAAAGCGUACCGGUAGAAAUGAUGUAUCAGAGUGGAGUAUUUAAAUUGGCCUUCAUCAAGCAACCACAGAUGCAAGUUCUUGAGCUGCCGUACGUCAACAACAAAUUAAGCAUGAUUAUUCUGCUUCCAGCGGGCAGAGGUAAUCUAGAGCAGAUAGAAAAGCAGCUGACCGCGAGGACGCUGAAAGAGUGGACCAGCUCUUCCAACAUGGUGCAAAGGGAAGUGGAGGUUCACAUCCCCAAACUCAAACUGCAAAUCAAGUACGAUCUAAACACCCUGUUAAAGUCCUUAGGGAUGACGGAUAUCUUUAACUUGGCCGAAGCUGACUUCUCUGGAAUGUCACCAGACAAUGGCCUGUAUCUAUCCAAGGUCAUUCACAAGUCCUACGUGGAUGUGAAUGAACACGGCACCGAGGCCGCCGCAGCCACCGGGGAGAACGUUGCUGUCAAAAGACUCCCCUUCCGGGAUCAGUUCGUGGCGAAUCACCCCUUCUUGUUCUUCAUCAGGCAUGUGUGCACCGACACAAUUCUCUUCGCCGGCAAGUUUGCCUCCCCAUGAGCAGCGGAGCCGCAGAGUUCAGAGUCACCUGGGAACUCACGGGGACUCCAGUUGCUUAUUCUCAAAAUUGAUCCGUGACCCUCCUGAGCUUGUCCCAUGAGCUAGCGGACCUAAGACGGUGGCAGCCAUGGGGGAAAGACACGUUUCUACAAAAGCUUUCCUGGCUGCCUUACUUUAGAGGCCUCAUUUGAGUGUUGUCUGUGUGACACAACUAAGCAAAUAAGGGGGAAAAGAAUUAAAGGAUUUCAUUCUUUUGAUUUGGCUCUGUUGAGCAGCUAGCUUGUGAAUCAGGAAGCACACGCCUUCAGCAAACCAGAUGAAGGGAAUCUCCUUUGGCUUUCUUGCCUUGUUCAAAUAUAAUUGUAUGGAUUUUAGCUCAGAUAUCUGUAUUGACCAUAAUAAAUGCAUACGAUGUCAUAAA